AUGCAGGCAAGGCAGCAAAAGCAGUUGGCAUUGGAUGUCACGAGCCUGUCGCCGCUGGCAACUCGACGACUCCGCUGGCAACUCGACGACUCCGCUGGCGUCGUGCGGGAAGCUUCUACUAGGAUCAGUGCUGUAACGCAUCCGUGCCGCUCAGGCCGAUUGCGAGUAAGGUGUUGGAGUCGUGCACGGUGCGCCGUCGGAGCCUAUAACGGGACUUCUCGGUCUGGACCCCACUUCGGGCGUGCAAUUUUCAAAAUGACGACGGUUGGUGGCACGUAAACAAGUGCUUCGCUUCAACUUGAGACAGAGAUGAUUGACUGACAGCAUAGACAACUCGACUCAUACAAUGCGCACGAGUGGUAUUGAUAGGGCGCUCAAAUUGAGUCGAGUUUUGGUAGAGCAAUAAAGCGAAUGGUUUAUUGUAUACAACCAAGAUUCACCAGCACGAGGGAGACCGCUCGUUUUGGGCCUCCGCGUGAUCUUUAGAUCUUGCGGCGGUUCGACGAUAAUAUGUAAAGAGCCCCGCGAUUUCAAGUCGGGAGCGAGGGAAGGUCUUUUGUUUGAAGUUCAAUGUGCUCGGAACUGGCAGGAUUUUGAAUUAUAUAUCUUCAAAAUAACAAAUAACUGAUCACGGGAAUAUGACUAUCAAAGCAUCCUCAUCAAACUCCCUGCCUGCUGAUCGCGAUGCGUCCGAUGUGUUGCAUGCGGAUGGGGUGGAGCAUGCUGUUCACCUGAACGAAAACCCCACGAUCC